UUGUAUGAAUGUGCCUCUCGCAUGGAUUUAUAGAUUAUCGGUCGUUCAAUACUUGGAUACUUAAGGGUCCAGACUGUGUGAUUCUAUUCUUCUUGAAAUUAAUGAGAGGAUACUAUAAGGAGAUCAAUGACUUAGAAUUCCACAGUAAAUGAUUCAGGUGAUUAAAUGUGAUACGUAACAUACUUACAGAUGCCAAUGCCACACAAUUUUAUGAUAAGAUUAUUCAUAUUCUCCGACAGAAGUCUUUCCCAAAGAACUAUAGCCGUGCGUGCACGUGUGUAAGAGAGCCUAAUCAUCUGCUGGACUUUUCCCUCGAUUUUCUCAAUUUCCUCUGACUUCAAUGCCACGAAUGAAUGAGGACGCUUUUCGCAUACAGCUCUGACGUUCUUUUUACAACAGUACUCAGAAAAAUUAGUCAAAAUGAGUCUUGAAGCAGAGAAACUCGAAGGUCUAAACACUCAGAAUGAAGCAGUUACCAUAAUCAAGAGCCGGUAUAACUACUCUAGAAGAUCAGCUUAUGCACAGGUAUUGGCGACGCUAAUCCAGAAUUGGUUACUCAUCGAGAUAGGUCUGGACACGGCGAUGACCACAAUGGUUAUCGGUGCACUUCAUUUGAACUCCGCAGAGGCGCUUAGCAUGAAUGAUGAACAGGCAUCUUGGUUUGGGAGCUUGCCGUUCAUCUGUCACCCUCUGGCGAGUUUAUUAUUGUCCGGGUAUUUCCAAGACAAAUUCGGAAGAAGAACCACCAUGAUCCUAGUCACGAUCCCCACGUUCAUUGCGUGGGUGUCCUUGUACUUCGCGCAAUCUAUGUAUGUUCUGUACUUGGUGUCUGCUGUCACAGGCAUGUGCACCGGGCUCACCGAGGCACCCCUCCAUUCUUACAUCGGUGAGAUUGGAGAACCUCACCUUCGGGGAACUCUCUCGUCCAUCUCCACAUCUGCCGUUCUAGUGGGGAUUUUUAUGAUGUACGUUUUCUGCUACUUAUUUACUUGGAGAACUGUUGCCUUGAUCUGCAGUGCGUGCCCUGUUAUCACUUUUACCUGCAUGACGCAGAUUCCAGAGUCGCCAACCUGGCUAAUUGUGAAGAAUCGAUUAGAAGACGCCCGAAAAUCUUUAUGCUGGUUGAGAGGGUGGGUAGAUCCAAGCGAAGUUGAGGAAGAAUUCCAAGCACUUGUCAGUCACGCUAGAAAUUCAGUGCAAAAGAAUAAAGCAGCACAGUCAGUCGGAGAUGGUCUAAUAAAAAAGGACAGCUAUUUGAAAACACAAUUCAAAGAGAUGACCAGUAAGAGGGUCCUACUUCCACUCAGGCUGAUUCUAAUUGUGUUUGUGUUUAGAGAAAUCACCACAUUCAGUGCAAUUAGACCGUACCUGAUAGGUGAAUUGAAUAAACUGCACACACCCAUCAAUGCCAAAUUAGUUCUGAUACUUUCAGAAGUUCUAGUAUUCAUUGGCGCGAUGAUGAAUGUGGUUUGCCUCCGGCGCCUAGGGAAACGGAAGAUCGCUAUUUUUGCCAAUGGGAUCGUCGCCAUUUGCAUUCUUGGGACGGGGAUCUACUGCUCGUUCCUUCAGGACUCAACCAGGUUCCCGCAGGCAGCCUGGCUUCCGGUUAUUUUCUGGCUUAUGCUCAGUCUCUUCUGUGGCUUCAGCGCAACUCUCCUUCCGUGGCAAUUGGUCUGUGAAAUCUUCCCCAUCGUAGGUCGUGGACUUGCGACGGGCAUUACGGCCGGCACCAAGUAUUUGAUUCAGUCGGCCAUGGUCAAAUCAUACUUAUUCAUAGAAACUUACAUAGGCCUCAGCGGCAUGAUGUACCUUUACGGAACUGGAGCGGUACUGGGUGUCAUUCACCUCUACUUCUGCCUGCCGGAAACGGAAGGGAAAACAUUGCAACAGAUCGAAUCAUACUUCACAAAAAAUCACGAUCGCAAGGAAAAAUUUUCCGUCGGAACUGCGGCUCGUGCUGAGCCGAAAGUUUGAUCGUGAUGAUCAAACAUUCUGAAUUAUUGUGAUAGGAGGAAAUUAUCAGUGUUAUCAAAACUUUUUGUUGCAAUCUUGUCGCCCCACAAAUUGUUAAAUAUCUUCA